AUGCAAUUAAAAGCUCACCACUAUAAACACAUCACGAAAAUUCUGAAAAGCUUGUAUGUUGAUAACUUUGCCAAUGGUGCUAAUUCGUUGCAAGAAGCCAUCGAAAUCUACAAUGUUAUGAAAAAACUUCUUGCUGAAAUUGGCAUGAAUAUUCGUCAAUGGAGUUCAAACUCAACCGAAUUCAUGAACUCUAUACCCGAAGCUGACCGUAACAACGCCGAAAUCGUCAAUCUCCUCGGUAUACAAUGGAAGCCAAAAGCAGAUACCUUGAAUAUCCAAAAACCAUCCGUUCACGCACCUGAAAAUCCAACUAAACGAACAGUUCUUCAGUUCACAGCCGCCAUCUACGAUCCAAUGGGCUUUUUCUCGCCAAUAAUUUUGAAAGCCAAACUUUUCAUUCAAAAACUGUGGAUUUUGAACUUCGAAUGGGAUCAAAAACUAAACGAAAAUCUUACCAGCGAAUGGCGCAUAAUUCAAAGCGAACUCGAAAAAAUUCCCACCCACUCCUUACCUCGCUACGUAAAUAUCCAAGGAGCGCUAACGCUACAACUUCACUGCUUUAGCGACGCGUCAAAAGACGCAUACGCCGCUGCUGUCUACAUACGCGCCACAGAUAACGAAAUGUCACACACGCACUUAUUAUUUGCCAAAACCAGAGUGACACCACCGAAAAACGAAAACGAAUUAGCCAAAUUCACGCCUAAAUUCGAAUUACUAGGUGUUUUAAUUGGAGCUCGAAUUCUCAACUUCGUUGAAACAUCUUUAGAACGUGAAAUCUCCGAGAAAAUUCUAUGGACUGACUCGCAGUGUGCCAUGGCUUGGAUAAAAUCUCCUCAGGUGUUACCAGUUUUCAUCGAAAAACGCGUCAACGAUAUAAAACAACUGGUUCAAAACAUCAAAUACGUACCUGGUGAACAAAAUGUAGCCGACAUCGCGUCCAGAGGCGGUACACUUGAUGAAAUGAAAGCUUUCAAUUGGUUUAACGGACCUCCAUGGCUAAACGAUGAAAAAUUGUGGCCAGAACAACCAGUUCUCGGAAAAAACUUACCUGUGCUGCCCACAGAAACUUCCGAAAACACAACAACGACUCUCUUAACAAACACCGGAACAGAAACAACGCCAAAAUCGACUCCCUUCAACUUGGUUUUUGAAAAAUAUCCGACCUAUGGAAAACUCAUCUCGGUUACAGAAAAGUGUCUCAUCGCAGCCAAUAAAUUCCGGAAAAUUCAAUCUGACAAAACAAGACAACAGGCAGAAGAAAUGUGGAUAAUUUAUUUCCAAGAUACCAUCGGCGAAAAAAUUACUCACUACUCUCACCUUGGGUUAAAGAAAGAUGAGAAUAACGUACUUCGUUGUCGCGGACGGCUAGAAAAUUGCACGUACCUAACAGAUGAAGAAAAACACCCGAUUUUACUUCUUCCUGAUUGGCCAAUUACUAAACUAAUCGUUAUGCACUACCACAACAAGCUAUACCACGUUGGUACUCAGCACACACUAGCAGAAAUCCGGAGAAAAUUCUGGAUACCCACAGGUCGCCGAGUCGUUUAUUUCACGCUAAAAAACAACUGUAAAAACUGCAAAAAGCUGAGAAAUAAACCGUACAGAGCACCACCUACGCCUCCGCUCCCAAAAUCGCGCCUAAACCCUACAAAACCGUUCGAAAACUCCGGCGUUGAUAUACUGGGACCUCUCUACGUAAAAUUUGCUCCAGGUGAAUGUAAACGUUGGGUACUAAUUUUCACCUGUCUCGUAACAAGAGCAAUACACAUGGAAAUUCUUCACGAUCUUACAUCCGAAGAUAUCUUAUCCGCAUUCAAAUUAUUCUUCGCCAGAAGAGGUACGCCAAAACUACUCAUAUCCGAUAACGCGCCUCAAUUCAAACUUAUCAACACCGUCUAUGAACUCAGCUGGCAAAAUGCGAUUAAAGACAAAAAUUUCAAAGACUUCUUCGCCAAGAACGAAAUUGUUUGGAAAUGGAUUCCUCAAUUAGCACCAUGGAUGGGUGGCGCCUACGAACGUCUAAUCGCACUUGUAAAAGAAGCUUUAAAACUUACGUACUAUCGAAUAACCCUCACUGAUCGUCAACUUCAAGUCGCCAUAGCUGAAACAGAAGCAAUUCUAAAUUCCCGUCCCCUUACGUACUUCGGACCAAACUUGGAAGAAGACAUAAUAACGCCGAAUCUAUUCCUAAGAGGAAAUUUCCCUCACAUACUCGAAGUCAACGCUGACGCCCCUACAGUAACAGGAAAAUCCCUCGUAGACUCGUGGAAAAAAGCGGAUCAACUUUUGAAUCGUUUUUGGGAUAUAUUUUAUUCAAAAUAA